CUUCAGGCUUUUUAGGUACCGUAAAUGUACAAUACCGUACCUGCCGAACUUGAGUUGACUGCAGUGACUGCACCCAGUGACCAGCCAGUGACCAGCCAGUGACCAGCCUUUUUUGGUGGAUCACCCCCCAAUUCCCUAUUUUUUUUUUACCUUCUAAGGCUUGACCUCCUAGUCUCGUCCUAUUCAAUUCGACAUCCCACUUUGACCAUCUCCCAUCACAUGUCCCAUUUAAUAAAUCCUUACAUACAUAAUUCAUAUCCACGUACCGUACCCAUAUCCAUUAUCUUCAUCCCCGUCUUCCCACCCGUAUCACCAGGAACGACGACGACGGGUUCUCUUGGGUUACGACCUUGAACCCACCGCGCUCCGUUGCGUGCCGCAUACUUCCUUUCCCUUCCCUUCCCUUCCCCCUCCCCUCUCCCUCCCCUCCCUCGGCCGCACUCGCUUCACCUUCUCUCCAAUCGCCGCCAAUUUCAAUCCCGAUCUUCCAUAUCAGCAAUCGUAUCGCCUUGUUGCGUGGUGUCCCGCCUGGACACAUACACCAAUUAUCAUGGCGCGCGUCUACGCCGAAGUCAACCAGAAUAUGCCCCGAAGUUAUUGGGAUUACGAUUCCGUUAACAUAAGCUGGGGCAUCCUGGAGAAUUACGAGGUGGUCCGUAAAAUUGGUCGCGGAAAAUACUCUGAGGUCUUUGAGGGUAUCAACGUCAUCAACUAUCAAAAAUGUGUUAUCAAGGUUCUGAAGCCUGUUAAGAAGAAGAAGAUUAAGAGAGAAAUCAAAAUCCUUCAGAACCUCUCAGGUGGCCCAAACAUCGUGGCCCUCCUCGAUGUUGUGCGAGACAACCAGAGCAAGACCCCGUCCUUGAUCUUUGAGUACGUGAACAACACCGACUUCCGAAGCCUGUACCCCAAAUUCAACGACAUCGAUGUGCGAUACUACAUCUUCGAACUCCUCAAGGCUCUUGACUACUGCCACAGCAAGGGAAUCAUGCACAGAGACGUCAAACCUCAUAACGUUAUGAUCGAUCAUGAGAACAGAAAGUUGCGCCUCAUCGAUUGGGGUUUGGCCGAGUUCUAUCACCCAGGAACCGAGUACAAUGUGCGCGUCGCAUCCCGAUAUUUCAAGGGUCCCGAGCUACUGGUAGACUUCCAGGAGUAUGACUACAGUCUCGAUAUGUGGAGUCUUGGUGCUAUGUUUGCAUCCAUGAUCUUCCGCAAGGAGCCUUUCUUCCACGGGAACAGCAACUCAGAUCAGCUGGUCAAGAUUGCUAAGGUGCUCGGCACUGAUGCUUUGUUUGAUUACCUGGAUAAGUACGAGAUAGAACUUGACCCCCAGUAUGACGACAUUUUAGGCCGAUUCGCCAAGAAGCCAUGGCACAGCUUUGUCAACCAGGAGAACCAGCGUUUUGUUAGCAACGAAGCGAUUGAUUUCCUCGACAAGCUGCUUCGAUACGACCACCAGGAGCGACUAACCGCCAAAGAGGCUAUGGCACACCCCUACUUUGCCCCUAUUAGGGACCCAACCACCCUCACGGAAUACCUUGGCGGUGCGACUGUUAGCUCAGAGUCUUGA